AAGUGGAUCACAGAAAUCUUAGAGAAGAGAUCUAAGAAGUGUUUAUAAACUUGUUUUGGGUCAUACAUGGAUACCAAACUUGUUCUUGUGUUAGCUUUUUUGAGUGUACAUGUAGUCUCAUCGCCAUUUGGGUUAGUACAUGGGUCCACAACCAUGUCACCAUGUAGCCAAGCCCCCUACCCUGAACUAUGCAAUUCUCUAAUUGGCACCAAACCUCUAGGAACCCCAGAUGAAACCCAGUUUGAUUUGCGUAAAUCUGCCAUUAGAGUCACUCUAAACCAAGCUCAACAAGCCUACAGUCUCGUCUCGUCCAUGGACGUGAGCUCAUUUGACAAGCGAGCGAAGUUGGCUUGGGCUGAUUGUUUGGAGCUCUAUGAUGACACGGUUUACCAGCUUAACCGUUCCAUCAACUCCAAAGACCAAACCAGCGCUCAAACAUGGUUGAGCGCUGCGAUCACCAACCAACAAACAUGCAAGAAUGGUUUCAUUGAUCUCAACCUAUCUUCUCAUUUAGAGUCCUUCCCUGUUAACAUGUUGAGUGACUUGUCAAAGUUGCUUGGCAAUUCACUAGCACUAAACAAGGCAACAUCAUCAAUUUCAUCUAAUUUUGCUAAGAUGACACGAAACAGACGCCUGUUGGCUGACGGAUUCCCAGAAUGGGUAUCAUCAGCUGACAGGAAACUGCUUCAGUCAUCAUCGCCAAGUGCCGACAUUGUGGUGGCUCAAGAUGGUUCUGGCAAUUACAAGACCAUCUCUGAGGCCGUGGCGGCUUCAAACGGUGGGACGAACAGAUUCGUCAUAUACAUAAAAGCCGGUGUUUAUAAUGAGAAUGUUGUGAUUAAGAGAUCCAUGAAGAAUUUGAUGUUUAUUGGAGAUGGAAUUGAUGCCACCAUUGUUACUGGAAAUAAAAAUAAUCAAGCUGGUUCCACAACUUUUCGCUCUGCAACUGUUGGUAAGCUUUGUAAAACCUUUUUUCACAAUAACAAAAAUAAAAUAAAGUUAAGUAGAAAAAGCUAUUAAUUUAAUUCUCAAACUUUAAUUAGAUAAGUUGGUAUGCCCUUCUUCCAUAUUAUUUCCUCUCCAUCACACACAACUAUAGUUUUAAAUAAUGAUAUUGGCAUACCUAUCGAUAUCAAUGAUAGGGUCAUAUAUUGGUUAAUAUUAAAAGAUUUUCGUCGAUAUAUUAAAUAAUAUAGAUAUUGAGAGUCUAAAAUAUUGAUACCAGCCAAUACAAUAUGUAACGGUUGAUUUUUAAAAUCUUGUAACGUUUUAAAUAACAAUAUUAGAAGACAAAUUAAUAUUA